CACAUUCUCCGGUACAGUAGGUGGCGGCAUGCACCAACGUUGGUCUGUAGUCCAGCAUGAAAAAUAAAACAGAAGAAGCAAAACAAAAUGGAUGCUUGUUUUGAACAGGAGUUGUGCGAGGAGGUCCGCCGUUACCCACAGUUAUAUGAUUCGUCCAAGUACAGAGGCCACCGAACGACGUCGAACGCCUGGCAACAAAUCGCUCAAACGCUUGGGAGAAGUGAACUAACCUGCCGUCAAAAGUGGAAAUGUCUGCGAGACAGAUACGUAAAGGCCAAGAAAAAGCUAAAAGGCGCGAGCGGCAAAGCAGGCAGAAGUGCCACUGCCUACAUUAUUUCCAUGUUAGAUUGGCUCUCUGGCUUCAUCAAUCGUCGUGCCACAGAGGCGACGCGGACCGUCAGUUGUAGUAGGCCAGAAGAACCUAUGCAAUGCGCGCCGCCGAUAAAAGCGCGCAGCUCUCCGUCGAACGCGGAAAGUAUGUCAGAGUCUGAAGAAAGAAAUCCAACUAAAAAAGUACACUAUUUGACAAAUCCUCAUCUCCCUCUGUCAUCCGUGCGCCUCCUGGUUCCUCCUCUGAGGUUGAUGUCAGCCUGUAUGUGGCAGGUGGCCCAGGAGCGGAAUGUAGACCAGUAUGACAAACUGGCCGAAUUCAUCAUGUUGGUGACGGAGAUGGUCCCAGAGCUUCUGGACUACAAACAGAAGACUCAGCUGAUCCUGGGACUGAGAGCUCGGCUCAUCCUUGAGUUAUUAAAGAUGAUGGAUGAGGUUGACUGUAAAGCUAUCCAGGAUCAUCUUAACAGUUUCCAACAGACAAACCUCAUGCAUGAAGAGGACCCAGAUGGAGAGGUGGAGACUUCAAAGUCAGCAUUUGUGGAGCUGGUUCAAACAUUACUUGAAGACCAAUCUAAAAAAAAAAAAUUUUUCAAGGAGGUCUUCCCAGUACAGUAUGGAGCUUGUUUUGAUAAAACGCUGCAGAUUCUGGGGUGGGAGUUCUUCCACCGACUGGAAGAGUUCCUCCCAGUUCCACGUUUUUCACAGGUGUGCUCCAUGUUUGACAUUUCUUCCCUUGACGAGGAGUUUGAGCAGUUUCUCUCCGACCCUGAGGAUCUGAAGAGGAUUUUGCAGCACCAACAGGAGCGACAAAAGUUGACUAAAAUUGAAUUCACCUUCAUGUCAGACACCAUCCUCUCCACGCUCGCCUCUAAACAGACUUCACCGACAUCUGAAGAUCAGGAUCAAAUAAUGGAUCAGGGAGAGGGCAAACAAGGCACUGGGAAAUCACAGGGAAGAAAUCGAGAGAAGUCAGUACAGAUGACGGUGAAGCAAGAAAACAGCUGGAGAGCAGAAGAUAUUUGUGAGGAUGAUGAAGAGACUGACAACAGUUCCAUUGAACCAGACUGUGGGCUGCCUGAGUACGGACUGUCACCCCUCACUUCUUCUCCACGUUCAGAAGCUGCAGAGCCAGGUGAUGGUGAGACAGCUGUUGAAGCCACCACCCAGACACCCAGAUGUUCAGUGGAUAAAGUGAAGGAACGUCUGGAUCUGAGGAGAAACAAGAAGCCAUCAGAAGAGAGCAGGAUCCAGUUCUUGACAGGAGGCAGAGCCGAUGUCUCUCUUCCGUUCAGCGAGGACUCCGUAAGAGCCAAUGAAAACACACUGGAGUGUGGCAAGACUCUUGCAUCUCCUUCCACCUUGAAACAACAUCCCCUUGUUCACACUUCUGCACGACAUAAGUGCACUCAGUGUAACAAGACAUACAAAUGGCGCUAUCACCUGGAAGACCAUUUAUUUACUCACUCUAAAUCGACAGUUUGCAGCCUUUGUGAGAAGAGAUUUAGUUCUCAAUCUUUACUAAAAGCUCAUCUGCGUCGUCACAGCGGAGAGAGGCCAUUUGCCUGCUCGUACUGCGACAAGCGGUUCUUGACAAAGUCAGUUUUGAAGUACCAUGUGCGCAUUCACACCGGUGAGCGGCCGUAUGCCUGUACUUUUUGUGGCAAGAGAUUUAGUUCUCAAACUUUACUUAAAAUUCAUUUGCGUCGUCACAGUGGAGAGAGGCCAUUUGCCUGCUCGUACUGCGACAAGCGGUUCUUGACAUGGUCAGUUUUGAAGUCCCAUGUGCGCAUUCACACCGGUGAGCGGCCGUAUGCCUGUACUUUUUGUGACAAGAGAUUCACACAGCCAUAUAUGCUCACUGUGCACAUCAGGAUUCAUAAGAAAGAGAAGCCGUAUCUGUGCAGCACAUGUGGUAUGUCUUUUCGUAGCUCUGGGGCCUUGCUGGUCCACACACGCACGCACACAGGGGAGCGGCCUAGUCAGUGUGACAUCUGUGGAAAAGGUUUUGCCACAGCCAUACAGUUGACAAACCAUCGGCGAUACCACACAGGAGAGAGGCCGUAUUCUUGCUCACAAUGUGACAAAUCGUUCCACUGUCAAUCAGGACUGAAGAGACACACGAGGACACACACAGGAGAUAAACCUUACCAGUGUUUAACAUGUCACAAGACUUUUUCUCAAAAAUCCAACAUGAGGAUACACCUCAAGGUCCAUAAGAACAUCUAGCAUGCUGUUGUGAUUUUUAGAGAGUUUAUCUGUAGUCGUAAAGAAAAACCUGGUUUAUUUUACACCAGGAUGUGCUGUUUUGAUGCAUUUUCAUGUCAGUAAAUCACCAACAU